AUGAAGGGUGGCCAAGAAAAACUUGGCACUAAGGAGAGAGAAUUCGUGUAUCAGUUUACUGCCGGAAAACAGCAUUUUGUCCUGACCGUUCCACUGAAAUUCCCAGUGCAAGAAAAUGCUAACCAUCUGCAUGGGCGCUUGAUGCUCCUUCAUGACUUGCCGUGCUUCAUUGAAAAUGAUUUAAAAGAAUCCCUUAAUAGAUUCAUUGAGGAGGAAUCCAUAAAAGAUUAUGACAGAGAAGCAGAGGCAGCCCUGGAAGCUGUGAAAUCAGGCAAAGUUGAUUUGCACCACCUGACGAACUCCUGGGCCAGAGCUUAUACUGAGGCAACCCUGGAACAUGCAAGGCCUGAAGAUCCCAGCUGGGACGAAGACUUUGCAGAUGUCUAUCAUGAUUUGAUCCAUUCUCCUGCCUCUGAAACCCUCCUGAACCUGGAACACAACUAUUUUGUUAGCAUAUCAGAAUUAAUAAGUGAAAGAGAUGUAGAACUGAAAAAGUUACGAGAAAGGCAAGGGGCUGAAAUGGACAAGGUGAUGCAGGAACUGGGGAAGUCGUUAACGGAUCAAGAUGUGAAUAUGCUGGCAGCUCAGCACUUUGACUUCCAGCAGGUUUUAGAGAACAAGUGGAGCAAUGAACUGAAACAAACCACGGCCAUCCAGAAACAGGAGUAUCAGGAGUGGGUGGUGAAGCUUCACGAGGACUUAAAGAAUCCCAACUGUACUAUCAGUGAUGAAAUUAAGGUUCAGCCCAACCAAUGGAGGGAAUCUGCAGAAGGAAAUGGAAGACUUUUUGAAGACCAGAGGCAGUUGGAAGAAAGCUUCACAAUUCAUUUAGGAGCACAACUGAAAACCAUGCACAAUCUGAGAUUACUGCGGGCAGACAUGCUGGACUUCUGCAAGCACAAGCGGAGUCAUCGAAGCGGCGUCAAGCUGCACCGGCUUCAAACGGCCCUGUCGCUUUACUCCACUUCUCUUUGUGGCCUAGUCCUCUUAGUGGAUAAUCGCAUCAGUUCGUACAGUGGCAUUAAAAGAGAUUUUGCAACUGUUUGCCAGGAGUGUACAGACUUUCACUUUCCAGGGAUUCAGGAGCAGCUUGAAAUCGUCCAGCAAGUUGUCCUUUAUGCCCGAGCGCAACGCAGCAGUAAAUCCAAGAGACUGCACGAUGCAGCAAACAGAAAUAGUGGUAGUGAUGAUAAGUCUAAGAACUUGGAACAAAACCAGUCAAAUAUUUUGCCUGGGGAGUUUUACAUCACUCGCCACUCGAAUCUCUCUGAAAUCCAUGUCACUUUUCACCUCUGUGUGGAUGAUAAUGUGAGGUCGGGGAACAUCACGGCCCGGGAUCCCGCAAUAAUGGGCCUUCGAAACAUCCUCAAAGUGUGUUGCACUCACGACAUUACCACCGUUAGCAUUCCUCUUCUGCUGGUGCACGAUAUGUCCGAGGAAAUGACAAUAUCUUGGUGUUUGAAAAGGGCCGAGCUGAUAUUUAAGUGUGUCAAAGGAUUCAUGAUGGAAAUGGCUUCCUGGGAUGGAGGGAUUUCUCGGACUGUACAGUUCUUGGUACCACAGAGCAUUUCCGAAGAAAUGUUUUACCAACUGAGUAAUAUGUUGCCACAGAUUUUCCGUGUCUCCUCUACACUCACUCUGACGUCCAAACACUGAAUUACCUCAAGGUUUCUGGGGA